AUGUUAACUAAACACAAGCGAAUUCAUACUGGAGGGAAACCGUAUCAGUGUGAUUUCUGUGGAAAAUCAUUCUCUAAAAAUUCUACCUUAACUAAACACAGGCGUAUUCAUACUCGAGAGAGACCUUAUCGGUGUAUUACCUGUGGUCAAUCAUUUUCCUCAGGAAGUUCCUUAACUAAGCACAAACGUGUUCACACUGGAGAGAAACCAUUCCAUUGUGAUUUAUGUGACAGGCGAAUUCAUACUGGAGAGAGACCGUAUCAGUGUGAUAUCUGUGGCCAGUCUUUUUCUGUACGGAGUUCCUUAAAUAAACACAAACGCACUCACACAGGGGAGAGGCCUUAUCAAUGUGCCAUCUGUGGUCAGUUGUUCUCUGAAGGAAGUUCCUUAACUAAGCACAAGCGCAUUCACACUGGGGAGAAACCAUUUUGUUGUGACAUCUGUGGACUCUCAUUCUCUUCAGGAUUUCUUUUGACUACACACAAACGCACUCACACGGGAGAGAAACCUUUUCGGUGUGACACGUGUGGUAAAUCAUUCUCUCGAAAUCAACACUUAACGAGACACAAACGAGUUCACACAGGUGAGAAGCCGAUUCAUUGUGAUAUCUGUGGCCAGUCAUUUUCUGUUGGAAGUAGUUUAACUAACCACAAACGAAUCCAUACGGGAGAGAGACCUUAUCGGUGUGACACAUGUGGGAAAUCAUUCUCUCGAAAUGAUUGCUUAAAUGAACACAAACGCAUUCAUAAAAGAUAA